AUGGGCCUCCUGUCAGCAGGCAGCCCUUCUCCGCCUUGGCUGCCCCCCUUCGCCUUGCUUCUGCUGCUGCCUCUCCACGUCUCCACUGAGCCCCGACAGCUCUUCCAGGUGCUGGAGGAGCAGCCACCGGGCACCUGGGUGGGCACCAUCGUCACCCGCCCAGGCUUCACCUACCGCCUAAGUGAGCACCAUGCCCUUUUCUCCAUCAAUGCCACCUCAGGGGCGCUGCACACCCGUGCCACCAUCGACCGAGAGAGUCUGGCCAGUGACGUGAUGGACCUAGUGGUGCUCUCCAGCCAGCCCACCUAUCCUAGUGAGGUGCGUGUCCUGGUGCUGGACCUGAAUGACAAUGCACCUGUCUUCCCAGACCCCUCCAUUGUGGUGACUUUCAAGGAGGACACAGGCAGUGGCCGCCAGCUUAUUCUGGACACCGCCACCGAUGCUGACAGUGGCACCAAUGGUGUGGACCACAGCUCCUACUGCAUUGUGGCUGGCAAUGAGGAGGGGCGCUUCCAGCUCAACAUCACCCUCAAUCCCAGUGGGGAAGGUGCCUUUCUGCACCUGGUCUCUCGGGGUGGGCUAGACAGAGAGGCCACCCCCACCUACCAGCUGCUGGUGCAAGUGGAGGACAAGGGAGAGCCACGACGGCAUGGAUACCUGCAGGUUAAUGUCACUGUGCAGGACAUCAACGACAACCCACCCAUCUUCAGCCAAGCUCUCUACCAGGCCCGGGUGCCUGAGGAUGCACCAGUUGGGGCCAGUGUCCUUCAGGUGGCAGCAGCUGAUGCUGAUGAAGGUACCAAUGCUGACAUCCACUACCGCUUGGAAGGGACGGAGGGUGGUGGUGGGGAAGGGACUGGGGGAAUCCCGUUUGAGGUGGAUCCGGAGAGUGGGGUGAUCCGUAUCCGGGAGCCUCUGGACUAUGAGACAAGGCGGCAAUACUCACUAACAGUGCAGGCCACAGAUCGGGGGGUGCCGGCGCUGAGUGGCCGAGCUGAGGCACUGAUCCGACUCCUUGAUGUGAAUGACAAUGAGCCACGAGUGAAAUUCCGCUACUUCCCAGCCACCUCCCGUUUUGCAUCAGUGGAUGAGAAUGCGGCACCUGGCACAGUGGUGGCACUGCUAACUGUGAGUGAUGCUGACUCUCCUGCUGCCAACGGAAACAUCUCCGUGUCAAUCCUUGGAGGUAACGAGCAGCGUCAUUUUGAGGUGCAGAGCAGUAAGGUGCCAAAUCUCAGUCUCAUCAAGGUAGCGGCGGCACUGGACCGGGAACGCAUUCCUACAUACAACCUCACUGUGGCUGUGGCUGACAACUAUGGGGCCCCUCCGCCACCAGCUGGCUCCCCCACUUCCUCUGUACCUCCAGAAGGGGCAGUUGCUGCCCCAGUGAGCCGCUCUUCGGUGGCCAGCCUGGUGAUUUUUGUGAAUGAUAUCAAUGAUCAUCCACCUGUCUUUGGACAGUCUGUGUAUCGGGUCAAUAUUAGUGAGGAGGUACCACCGGGCAGCUACGUGAAGGGUCUGAGUGCCACCGAUCGUGACUCUGGUCUCAAUGCCAACCUCAAAUACAGCAUUGUAUCUGGCAACGAGCUGGGCUGGUUCUGCAUCAGUGAACACAGUGGCCUGGUCACGACCACUGGCAUUGCUGGCUCUGGAAGCAGUGUCCCGGGUAUUGGCAUGGCAUCCUCUGGUGGGCUGGACCGAGAGUCAGCCUCACAGGUGGUGCUGAACAUCAGUGCCCGUGACCAAGGGGUGCAGCCCAAGUUUUCCUAUGCCCAGCUGGUGGUGGCCAUACUGGAUGUCAAUGACCAGAGACCUCUCUUCAACCAGCCGGAUGGCUACCAGGUGUCCCUGGCUGAGAAUUCCCCUUCAGGAACUGAGUUGCUGGUCUUGAGUGCCACUGAUGGGGAUUUGGGGGACAAUGGGACAGUGCGCUUCUCCCUGCAGGAGACUGAGCCAUCAGUGACAGCAGUUGGCCCUUUGGUGGCUCCUCGCCGGGUCUUCCGCUUGGAUCCUGUGUCAGGCAAGCUCAGUACCAUCUCACAGUUGGACAGGGAAGAACAGGACCAUUACUCCCUGCAGGUCCUGGCCACUGAUCUGGGCUCUCCUCCUCUCUCUUCGGUAGCCCGAGUCAAUGUGAGCCUGCUGGAUGUGAAUGAUAACAGCCCUGUGUUUUACCCUGUCCAGUAUUUUGCACACAUCCAGGAGAAUGAACCAACAGGCAGUUAUGUUACUACCGUCUCUGCCAGUGAUCCAGACUUGGGGCCCAAUGGGACAAUCAAGUACAGUAUCUCAGCUGGAGAUCAUUCCAGGUUUCAGAUCCAUGGUCAGACGGGGGUCAUCACCACAAAAAUAGCCCUGGAUAGGGAGGAAAAGACUGCCUACCAGCUGCAAAUAGUGGCCACUGAUGGUGGCAGCCUCCAGUCCCAAAACCAGGCCAUAGUUACUAUCACUGUUUUGGACACUCAGGACAACCCCCCAGUUUUCAACCAAGAUGUAUACAGCUUUGUUGUCUUCGAAAAUGUUGCCUUUGGCUAUCAUGUUGGCACCGUUUUUGCUUCUACAAUGGACCUCAACACAAACAUUACUUACCUUAUUACAACAGGUGACCAAAGGGGCAUGUUUGCCAUCAACAAAGUGACAGGCCAGAUCACCACAGCCAGUAUCAUUGAUCGGGAAGAGCAAGCAUUUUACCAGCUAACAGUGGUGGCUAGUGGUGGGGCAAUAACUGGAGAUACCAUUGUCAAUAUAACUGUGAAAGAUUUAAAUGAUAAUUCCCCUCAUUUUCUUCAUGCAGUGGAAAGUGUUAAUGUGGUUGAGAACUGGAAAGCUGGGCACACCAUAUUCCAAGCCAAAGCUGUUGACCCUGAUGAAGAUGUCAAUGGCAUGGUCAUUUACAGCAUUAAACAGAAUCCUAAGGGUCUGUUUACUAUCAAUGAACAAAAUGGUGCCAUAAGUUUAAUAGGGCCACUUGACAUAAAUGCUGGAUCUUACCAGGUGGAAAUUUUGGCCUCGGAUAUGGGAGUUCCACAGCGUUCUUCUAGUUACAUUCUGACUGUAUCCGUCCAUGAUGUAAAUGAUAACCCACCAGUAUUUGAUCAACUUUCCUAUGAAGUCACCAUUUCAGAAUCUGAGCCUGUGAAUUCCAGGUUCUUUAAAGUGCAAGCUUCUGACAGGGACUCAGGAGCAAACGGCGAAAUAGCUUAUAGUAUAAUUGAAGGAAAUUCCGGGGAUGCCUUUGGCAUAUUCCCAGAUGGCCAGCUGUAUAUAAAGAGUGAACUGGACCGUGAACUUCAAGAAAGAUACAUUCUUCUGGUUGUUGCUUCUGAUCGAGCAGUGGAACCACUUAGUGCUACUGUGAAUGUUACAAUAAUUUUAGAGGAUGUAAAUGAUAAUAGACCAUUGUUUAACAGUACCAAUUAUGUAUUUUAUUUUGAAGAGGAACAGAAUGGUGGAUCAUCUGUAGGCAAAAUAAGUGCUGUAGAUAAAGACUUUGGACAAAAUGGUGAAGUCAGGUAUUCAUUUGAAAAUAUGCAGCCAAAUUUUGAAUUGAACGCAGUAAGUGGGGAAAUAACAAGUACUCAUCGGUUUGACAGGGAAACUCUUAUGAGGCAAAGGGGAGCAGCAGUAUUUAGUCUUACAGUAAUAGCAACAGAUCAAGGGUUGCCAAAACCUUUAAAGGAUCAGGCAACUGUGCAAAUUUACAUGAAGGAUAUCAAUGAUAAUGCACCCAAAUUUUUAAAAGAUCUCUAUCAAGCUACAAUAUCAGAAUUAGCAACAAACUUAACACAAGUUUUAAGAGUUUCUGCCUCGGAUGUUGAUGAAGGUAGUAAUGGAUUGAUUCACUAUUCUAUAAUUAAAGGAAAUGAAGAAUACCAGUUUACAAUUGACAGUGGCACUGGUCAAGUAACAUUAAUAGGUAAACUGGACCAUGAAGCUACUGCAUCUUAUUCACUUAUUAUCCAAGCAGUAGAUUCUGGGACAGUUUCCCUAAGCUCAACUUGCACAUUAAGCAUUGAUGUACUGGAUGAAAAUGACAACAGUCCUUCCUUCCCUAAAUCUACUUUGCUUGUAGAUGUCCUAGAAAAUAUGAGAAUAGGCGAACUUGUAUCUUCUGUCACUGCCACUGAUUCUGAUUCAGGUGACAAUGCUGACCUUCAUUACAGUAUUACAGGGACAAAUAACCAUGGAACCUUUAGUAUCAGUCCCAACACUGGCAGUAUUUUUCUUGCAAAAAAAUUGGACUUUGAAACACAAUCUUUGUAUAAACUAAACAUAACAGCAAAAGACCAAGGAAGGCCACCUCGGUCAUCUACAAUGUCAGUGGUAAUACAUGUUAGGGAUUUUAAUGACAACCCUCCUAAUUUUCCUCCUGGGGAUGUUUUUAAAUCUAUUGUUGAGAACAUUCCUGUUGGUAGUUCUGUGAUUUCUGUGACUGCUCAUGAUCCGGAUGCAGAUAUUAAUGGGCAGCUAACAUAUGCAAUCGUUCAACAGAUGCCAAGAGGCAACCAUUUUAGUAUAGAUGAAGUCAGAGGGACAAUAUUUACUAAUGGUGAAAUAGAUCGUGAAUUUGCUAAUCUCUUUGAAUUAACAGUGAAAGCCACUGAUCAAGCUGUCCCUGUAGAAUCCAGACGAUUUGCACUGAAGAAUGUAACCAUUUUAGUAACAGAUCAAAAUGAUAAUGUUCCUACAUUUAUAUCACAAAAUGCUCUUGCUGCAGACCCAUCAGUUGUGAUUGGUUCAGUCCUAACUACAAUUGUUGCUGCUGAUCCUGAUGAAGGAGCAAAUGGGGAAGUUGAGUAUGAAAUAAUCAAUGGAGACACUGAAACCUUUAUUGUGGAUCGUUACAGUGGAGAUCUAAGAGUGGCUGCAGCUUUGGUGCCGUCUCAGCUCAUAUACAACCUCAUAGUUUCAGCCACAGACCUUGGCCCUGAAAGGAGGAAAUCAACCACUGAAAUGACUGUCAUUCUGCAAGGGCUUGAUGGACCAGUGUUUACUCAGCCAAAAUAUAUAACUAUUUUAAAAGAAGGAGAGCCAAUUGGGACUAAUGUAAUAUCCAUAGAAGCAGCUAGUCCAAGGGGUUCUGAAGCCCUGGUGGAGUAUUACAUAGUUUCAGUCCGUUGUGAAGACAAAAGUUUUGGACGUCUCUUUACCAUUGGGCGCCAUACUGGUGUAAUCCAGACUGCUGCCAUUUUGGACAGAGAGCAAGGAGCACGUUUGUACCUGGUGGACGUUUAUGCCAUUGAAAAAUCAGCUGUUUUGCCUCGAACACAACGAGCAGAGGUGGAAAUAACACUUCAAGAUAUCAAUGACAACCCACCACUAUUCCCAACAGACAUGCUUGAUCUAACUGUAGAAGAGAAUAUAGGAGAUGGAUCUAAAAUAAUGCAGCUGACAGCCAUGGAUGCUGAUGAGGGAGCUAAUGCUCUUGUCACUUAUACUAUCAUCAGUGGUGCUGAUGACAGCUUCCACAUUGACCCAGAGUCAGGAGAUCUGAUAGCCACCAAACGUUUGGAUAGGGAACGUCGCUCCAAGUAUUCCCUGCUGGUUCGUGCUGAUGAUGGUCUACAGUCCUCAGACAUGAGAAUAAACAUUACUAUUAGUGAUGUUAAUGAUCACAUACCAAAAUUCUCUAAACCUGUGUAUUCGUUUGAUGUACCAGAGGAUACUACCCCAGGUUCUUUGGUAGCAGCCAUUUUAGCUAUUGAUGAUGACUCUGGUGUAAAUGGAGAAAUCACAUACACUGUGAGUGAAGAUGAUGAAGAUGGUAUGUUCUUCUUGAAUCCAGUCACUGGAGUCUUUAACCUGACUCGCAUAUUGGACUAUGAAGUGCAGCAAUAUUACAUUCUUACUGUCCAUGCAGGAGAUGGUGGUGGUCAAUUCACUGCCAUCAGAGUUUACUUCAACAUACUAGAUGUAAAUGAUAAUCCGCCACUAUUCAGCAUGCCCUCAUACAGCACGUCCUUGAUGGAAAAUCUGCCUCCAGGAUCUACUAUUCUCAACUUCAACGUUACUGAUGCAGAUGAUGGCUCUAACUCGCAAUUGUCCUACAGUAUUACAUCAGGAGAUAGCCUAGGUCAAUUUAAUAUUGACAAGAAUGGAAUCCUGAGCAUCAAGCAGCCUUUGGAUCGGGAAAGUCAGUCCUUCUAUAGCCUUGUUGUUCAGGUUCAUGACAUGGCUACUCUGCUAGCCUCCAGAUAUACAAGCACAACUCAAGUUUCUAUUAUUUUACUGGAUGUGAAUGACAAUCCUCCAAGCUUUAUCUCUCCAAAGCUGACCUACAUCCCAGAAAACACACCUAUAGACACCAUUGUGUUUAGAGCUCAAGCAACUGACCCGGACAGUGGUCCUAACAGUUACAUUGAAUAUACUCUGCUGAGGCCUUUGGGAAACAAAUUCAGUAUUGGCAGUAUUGAUGGUGAAGUAAGGCUCAUUGGGGAACUUGACAGAGAAGCAGUUGCUAAUUAUACCUUGACUGUGGUAGCUACAGACAAAGGUCAGCCAUGCCUUUCUUCAUCUACAGAUGUAGUUGUAGUAGUCCUUGAUAUCAAUGAUAACAACCCCCUGUUUGCACAAAAGCUAUAUAAAGUAGAAGUGGGUGAAAAUACUCUGACUGGAACAGAUCUGACUCAGGUGUUUGCUACAGAUGGAGAUGAAGGUACAAAUGGGCAGGUUCGCUAUUCCAUAAUCAGUGGAAACACCAAUAAUGAAUUUCGGAUCGACUCUGUUACUGGCAUGAUAACAGUAGCCAAGCCUUUGGACCGAGAGAAAAAGCCCUUCUACUCAUUAACUGUUCAGUCAUCUGAUCGUGGAAGUAGCCCCAGGACAGACACCACCACAGUCAGUAUUGUUCUGAUGGAUGUUAAUGAUUUUAUUCCUACAUUUGAGCUUUCUCCAUAUUCUGUGAAUGUCCCUGAGAAUUUAGGGACACUUCCAAAAGUUAUUCUUCAGGUGAUAGCAAGGGAUGAUGAUCAAGGUCUAAACGGCAAACUUACGUACCUUCUUGUGGGUGGAAAUGAAGCCGGUGCCUUUACUCUCUCAGCCAGUGGAGAGCUCCACUUGGUACAAACCCUGGAUCGAGAGACGAAGGAGCAGUACAUCUUGCUGAUCACAGCUGCUGAUUCAGGAUCUCCUGCCCUUACUGGCACUGGAACUAUUGCUGUCACAGUGGAUGAUGUCAAUGACAAUGUUCCUACAUUUGCCUUUAAGAUGUAUUCCACCACCAUUCCAGAGGAUGCACCUACAGGGACAGAUAUUUUGUUAGUAAACUCUUCAGAUGCCGAUGCUUCAAUUAAUGCAGUUAUCAGCUAUAGUCUUAUUGGUGGUAAUUCACAAUUCACAAUCAACCCAUCAACAGGACAGAUCAUCACCAGUGCAUUACUAGAUAGAGAGACUAAGGAGAACUACACCUUAGUAGUUGUGGCCUGCGAUGGUGGCUUUCCCAAAGCCCUUUCCAGUUCUACCAGUGUCCUUGUCACUGUUGCCGAUGUGAAUGAUAAUCCUCCUAAAUUUCAGCACCAUCCUUAUGUCACCCAUAUUCCAUCACCUACAACUUCAGGUUCGUUUGUGUUUGCUGUGACGGUCACAGAUGCUGAUUCUGGGCCCAAUGCUGAGCUUCAUUAUUCCCUCAUGGGAAAGAACUCUGAAAAAUUCCACAUUGACCCAACGAGAGGGGCAAUUAUGGCUGCUGACCCUCUGACAGGGGCUUCUGAAGUGACUUUUUCCGUUCAUGUAAAAGAUGGUGGCCUGUAUCCAAAAACAGACUCUACAACUGUAACUGUGAGAUUUGUGAACAAAGCAGACUUCCCUCAAGUUCGAGCUGAGCAACAGACUUUCAUAUUUCCUGAAAAUCAAGCAAUUGGUACUCUUGUCACCACUGUUUCUGGGUCUUCGUCCAGGGGGGGUUCCUUGUCAUACUACAUUGCUAGCGGUAACCUUGGCAAUGCCUUCCAAAUUGACCAACUAACAGGACAGUUCUCCAUCAGCCAACCUUUGGAUUUUGAAGAAAUACAAAAAUAUGUGGUUUGGAUUGAGGCCAGAGAUAUGGGCUUUCCUCCUUUCUCCUCUUAUGAGAAAUUAGAAGUAACAGUGGUAGAUGUCAAUGAUUAUGCACCAGAGUUUGAGCGAGAUCCAUUCAUUGCUGAAAUAAUGGAGAACCUUUCACCACGUAAAAUUCUGACUCUCACUGCUGUGGACAAGGAUAGUGGCCCAAACGGACAGUUGAACUAUGAAAUAAUUGAUGGCAAUAAAGAAAAUAGUUUCAGUAUUAGUCGAGCCACAGGUGAAAUUAGAAGUGUCAGACCUUUGGACAGGGAAAAAUUGGCUUGCUACAUGCUAACCAUCAAAGUUUCAGACAGAGGUACCCCUCUUCAGAGCACCACUGUAAAAGUUAUUGUUAAUAUUUUAGAUGAAAAUGAUAAUGCUCCCAGGUUUUCUCAGAUAUUCAGUGCUCCAGUGCCUGAAAAUGCACCUCUGGGUUACACAGUUACACGAGUCACAACUUCAGAUGAAGACAUUGGUGUGAAUGCUAUCAGCAGGUAUUCCAUAAGGGAUACAAGUCUUCCAUUUAUCAUAAACCCCAGUACCGGGGACAUUACAAUCAGUCGACACCUAAACAGGGAAGAUACAGACCGCUAUAGAAUCAGAGUUUCUGCACAUGAUUCUGGGUGGACUGUAAGCACAGAUGUGACUAUAUUUGUGACAGACGUCAAUGAUAAUGCCCCACGAUUCACAAAAACAUCCUAUUACUUAGAUUGCCCUGAGCUUACUGAGGUUGGAUUAAAAGUAACUCAGGUUUCAGCAACAGAUCCUGAUGAAGGAUCUAAUGGCGAACUUUUCUACUUCAUAAAAUCCCAGUCAGAGUUCUUCCGAAUUAAUGCUACCACAGGGGAGAUUUUCAAUAAGCAAUAUUUAAGGUAUCAAAAUUCCAGUGGUUCCAGCAACAUCAAUAUCAACAGGCACAGCUUCAUAGUUACUUCUUCAGACCGAGGCAGUCCUUCUUUGCUCAGUGAGACAACAGUCACAAUCAACAUAGUGGAUAGCAAUGACAAUGUACCACAGUUUCUUGCUAGUAAAUAUUUUACUCCUGUGACUAAAAAUGUAGCAGUUGGUACUAAAUUAAUUAAAGUUAUUGCAGUUGAUGAUAAGGAUUUUGGACUGAAUUCUGAAGUUGAAUACUUCAUUUCUAAUGAAAUCACUGAUAAAUUUAAGCUGGACAGCACUACAGGCUGGAUUUCUGUAGCAUCUUCACUCAUGACUGAUUUGAACCAAAACUUUCUGCUUACGGUAGAAGCAAAGGAUAAAGGUAAUCCUCCCCUCUCAUCUGAGAUUACUGUUCAAAUAGUUAUCACAGAGGAAAACUACCAUACACCUGAGUUCUCUCAAAGCCAUAUAAGUGUUACUAUCCCUGAAAGUCAUGUUGUUGGAGCAGUUGUCAGAACUGUUUCAGCAAGGGAUAGGGAUGCUGCGAUGAAUGGACUAAUCACGUACAAUAUUUCUUCAGGAAAUGAGGCUGGUAUUUUUGCUAUUAAUACAUCUACAGGGGCAUUAACUCUAGCCAAACCCCUUGAUUAUGAGUUAUGCCAAAAUCAUGAGAUGAUUGUUAGUGCUACAGAUGGAGGAUGGGUAGCUAGAACAGGUUACUGCAGUGUCACAGUUAAUGUUAUUGAUGUGAAUGAUAAUUCUCCAAUAUUCAGCCCAGAAGACUACUUCCCUAAUGUAUUAGAAAAUGCCCCAAGUGGGACAACUGUUAUCCGUCUAAAUGCAACUGAUGCCGAUUCUGGACCUAAUGCCAUGAUUGCAUAUGCAGUUCAGUCCUCAGAUAGUGAUCUCUUUGUCAUUGAUCCCAACACAGGAAUUAUCACCACCCAAGGCUUCUUAGACUAUGAAACAAAACAAAGUUAUCAUCUAACUGUGAAAGCUUUUAAUGUUCCAGAUGAAGAGCGAUGCAGUUUUGCUAGUGUCAACAUCCAAUUAGAAGGAACAAAUGAGUAUGUACCACGUUUUGUGUCCAAGCUUUACUAUUUUGAGGUCUCUGAAGCAGCUUCUAAAGGCAUGGUUGUGGGAGAAGUCUUUGCAAGUGACCGUGAUAUGGGAACUGAUGGAGAAGUCCACUAUCUUAUCUUUGGUAGUAGCAGAAAGAAAGGUUUCCAGAUUAAUGAGAAGAGUGGACAGAUUUAUGUUUCAGGUCCUCUUGACAGAGAAAAGGAAGAACGUAUCUCUUUGAAAGUUCUUGCAAAAAAUGUUGGGAGCAUUCGCGGUGCAGAUAUAGAUGAAGUAAUUGUAAAUAUCACUGUCUUAGAUGCUAAUGAUCCUCCAGUUUUUAGCCUGCAGGCUUACAAUAUACAAAUCAGUGAAGGUGUUCCUCCAGGGACCCAUGUCACAUUUGUAAGUGCCUUUGAUUCAGAUUCUGUCCCAAGUUGGAGCAGGUUCUCCUAUUUUAUUGGUUCUGGGAAUGACAAUGGUGCCUUUUCUAUUAAUCCACAAACAGGACAGGUUACUGUCACAGCAGAAUUGGACAGAGAAACUUUACCUGUCUACAACCUGACUGUGUUAGCAAUUGAUUCAGGAACACCUUCAGCAACAGGAAGUGCCUCUUUAUUGGUAACAUUGGAAGAUAUCAACGAUAAUGGACCUACCUUGUCCACCAGCCAGGGAGAAGUAAUGGAAAAUAAUCGUGCCGGAACUCUUGUGAUGACACUUCAAUCAUCAGAUCCUGAUCUCCCUCCAAAUCAAGGCCCCUUUACCUACUAUUUACUUAGCACUGGCCCUGCAACCAGCUAUUUUAGUCUUAGCACUGCAGGAAUUUUGACCACAACUAGGGAAAUUGACAGAGAGCAAAUAGGCAACUUCUACUUGUCAGUGAUUACCAGAGACUCUGGCAUUCCUCAAAUGUCUUCCACAGGAACUGUACAAAUAAAGGUAAUAGACCAAAAUGACAAUCCAUCGCAACCUAGAACAGUAGAGAUCUUUGUUCACUAUUAUGGCAGCCUAUUCCCAGGUGGAAUUUUAGGCAGUGUGAAACCCCAGGAUCCAGAUGUUUUAGACAGCUUCCGCUGUUCCCUCACUUCAGGAGUUACAAGCCUCUUUAAUAUUCCAGGGGGCACUUGUGACCUGAAUUCCCAGGCAAGGUCCACAGAUGGAACAUUUGAUCUGACAGUCCUUAGUAAUGAUGGGUUACACAAUGCAGUUACAAGCAGUGUUCGAGUUUUCUUUGCCGGGUUCAGUAAUGCCACAAUUGACAGCAGCAUCCUUCUUCGCCUUAAUGUGCAAACAGUGAGAGAUUUUUUGACCAAUCACUACCUUCACUUCCUGCGUAUUGCCAGUUCACAGUUACCUGGAUUAGGAACUGCUGUGCAGCUCUAUGGGGUUUAUGAAGAGAAUAACAGAACCUUCCUGAUGGCAGCUGUGAAACGGAACAACAAUCAGUAUGUGAAUCCCAGUGGUGUGGCUACCUUUUUUGAGAGCAUCAAAGAAAUCCUUUUCCGUCAGAGUGGAGUACGGAUAGAGUCUGUGGAUCAUGAUUCAUGUGUACAAAGUCCAUGUCAAAACGGAGGAAGUUGCUUGAGAAGGCUAGCUGUGAAACCUGUUUUAAAGAGCCAUGAGAGCAUCCCAGUAAUCAUCAUGGCAAAUGAACCUCUGCAGCCCUUCGUGUGCCGGUGCAUGCCAGGGUAUGAUGGUAAUUUAUGUGAAACUGACAUUGACGAAUGUCUCCCAUCCCCUUGCCACAAUGAUGGGACUUGCCACAACUUGGUGGGAGGAUUCUCAUGCAAUUGUCCAGAUGGCUUUACCGGAAUGGCCUGUGAGAGAGACAUCAAUGAGUGCCUGUCCAGCCCGUGUAAAAAUGGCGCUGUCUGCCAGAACUUCCCAGGAAGCUUCCACUGUGUUUGUAAAACUGGAUAUACAGGAAAAACAUGUGAAUCUGCUGUCAAUUACUGUGAAUGCAACCCCUGUUUCAACGGAGGAUCCUGUCAAAAUGGAGUGGAAGGAUAUUAUUGUCACUGUCCAUUCGGUGUCUUUGGAAAUCAUUGUGAAUUGAAUAGUUAUGGAUUUGAAGAGUUGUCCUAUAUGGAAUUUCCCACUAUGGAUCCAAACAACAAUUAUAUUUAUAUAAAGUUUGCAACUAUCAAAAGUAAUGCCUUAAUGCUGUAUAACUAUGACAACCAGACUGGAGAACGGGCAGAAUUCCUGGCUCUGGAAAUAACAGAAGAAAGGCUGAGAUUCUCCUACAACCUUGGCAGUGGCACGUAUAAACUUACCACAACGAAGAAAGUGUCUGAUGGCCAGUUUCACACUGUUAUUGCCCGGAGGGCUGGAAUGGCAGCAUCCUUGACGGUGGACUCCUGUUCUGAGGAUCAGGAACCAGGCUAUUGUACUGUUAGUAAUAUGGCUGUUUCCACUGACUGGACUCUCGACGUACAACCAAAUCGAGUAACUGUUGGUGGCAUUAGAUCUCUAGAGCCAAUACUUCAAAGGAGAGGACAGGUGGAAAGUCAUGAUUUUGUGGGUUGUAUAAUGGAGUUUGCAGUCAAUGGACGUCCUCUGGAACCCAGCCAGGCUUUGGCAGCUCAAGGAAUCUUAGAUCGAUGCCCUAGAUUAGAAGGAGCUUGUGCAAUUAGCCCUUGCCAACACGGUGGCACCUGUGUUGAUUACUGGUCAUGGCAGCAAUGUCAUUGCAAAGAUGGAUUGACUGGGAAACACUGUGAAAAAUAUAUUACUGCCGAUACUGCCUUAUCAUUAGAAGGCAAAGGACGCCUUGACUACCAUAUGAGCCGGAAUAAGAAACGAGAAUACAUGAUGAAAUAUGGUACUAAAGAUGCCAUUUUGGAGCCUCUGAGUGUGAACCAUUUGGAAGUGAAAUUCAGGACAAGGAGUGAGAAUGGAAUUUUAAUUCAUAUCCAGGAAAGCAGCAAUUAUACUACUGUGAAGAUAAAGAGUGGCAAAGUGCAUUACACAUCUGAUGCUGGAGUUGCUGGGAAAGUGGAGAGGAAUAUUCCUGAAGUUUACACUGCAGAUGGUCAAUGGCAUUCCCUCCUUAUUGAAAAGAAUGGAUCUGUCACUGUUCUAUCCAUUGACAAGAUCUACAGCAGAGAGAUUUUCCUUGUCACACAAGACUUUGGAGGACUUAAUGUUCUUACAGUUUCUCUGGGAGGAAUCCCACCAAGUCACACUCCCAGAAGCACAGAGACAGGUUUUGAUGGCUGUUUUGCCUAUGUGAAGUACCGUGGAGAAAGCCUUCCUUUCAGUGGAAAGCACAGCAUUGCUACCAUAUCCAAAACGGACCCCUUUGUGAAGAUUGGCUGCCGAGGUCCCAACAUUUGUGCCAGCAAUCCAUGCUGGGGUGAAUUAAUGUGCAUUAACCAGUGGUAUGCAUAUAAAUGUGUCCCUCCAGGAGCCUGUGCCUCCAACCCUUGCCAGAAUGGUGGUAGCUGUGAACCUGGUGCGCAUUCUGGAUUUACCUGCAGCUGUCCUGAAUCAUACACAGGAAGAACAUGUGAGACUGUAGUGGCUUGUCUUGGUAUCCUGUGUGCCCUGGGGCAUGUAUGCAAGGGUGGAAUCAAUGGAGGACACAUAUGCAUCCCUCACCCUCACCCGGCUGAGCUCUCUCUGCCACUCUGGGCUGUUCCUGCUAUUGUUGGCAGUUGUGCUACCGUUCUUGCCCUGCUUGUCCUUAGCCUGAUCCUCUGUAAUCAGUGUAGGGGAAAGAAGACAAAAGUGCCAAAGGAGGAGAGGAAAACAAAGGAAAAGAAGAAAAAAGGGAGUGAGAAUGUUGCAUUUGAUGAUCCUGACAACAUUCCGCCCUAUGGCGAUGACAUGACUGUCAGGAAGCAGCCUGAAGGGAACCCUAAACCUGAUAUAAUAGAAAGAGAAAACCCUUACCUCAUCUAUGAUGAGACAGACAUACCCCACAAUACAGAGAUUAUACCCAGUGCCCCUCUGGCUUCCCCUGAACCUGAGAUAGAGCACUAUGACAUUGAAAAUGCAAGCAGCAUUGCUCCUUCAGACGCAGACAUCAUUCAGCACUACAAACAGUUCCGGAGUCACACACCCAAAUUCUCUAUCCAGAGGCAUAGCCCACUAGGCUUUGCAAGGCAGUCCCCAAUGCCACUGGGAGCAAGCAGCUUGACUUAUCAACCUUCAUACAGUCAGGGACUAAGGACAACUUCCUUAAGCCACUCUGCAUGCCCUACUCCCAACCCUUUGUCUCGUCACAGCCCUGCUCCAUUCUCCAAGUCAUCAGCUUUCUACAGAAACAGUCCAGCAAGGGAACUUCAUCUGUCAAUAAGAGAAGGGAGUCCUUUGGAGAUGCACAAUGAUGUCUGCCAGCCUGGAAUUUUUAACUAUGCCACUAGACUAGGGAGAAGAAGUAAGAGUCCCCAGACCAUGGCAACUCAUGGUUCCAGACCAGGAAGUCGCCUAAAGCAAUCAAUAGGACAGAUUCCUCUGGAGGCUGCUCCUCCUGUAGGACUCUCUAUUGAAGAGGUGGAGAGACUUAACACUCCUCGCCCUAGAAAUCCAAGCAUCUGUAGUGCUGAUCACGGAAGGUCUUCUUCAGAGGAGGACUGCAGAAGGCCACUGUCAAGAACCAGGAAUCCAGCUGAUGGUAUUCCAGCUCCAGAAUCAUCAUCUGAUAGUGACUCCCAUGAGUCUUUCACUUGCUCAGAAAUGGAGUAUGAUAGAGACAAGCCUAUGGUGUACACAUCCAGAAUACCCAAAUUAUCUCAAGUCAAUGAGUCAGAUGCAGAUGAUGAAGACAAUUAUGGUGCUAGGUUGAAGCCUAGGAGGUACCCUGGCCGGAGAGCUGAGGGUGGGCCUGUGAGUGCACAAGCAACAACAUCUAAUAUUGCUGAGAACACAUUGCCUAUAAAGCUUGGACAGCAAACUGGAAAUUUCAACUGGGACAACCUUUUGAACUGGGGUCCAGGUUUUGGACAUUAUGUAGAUGUUUUUAAAGAUUUGGCAUCACUCCCAGAAAAAGCAGCAGCAGCAGCAAACACAAAUGAAGAAAGCAAAGGUGGUACAACAAAGCCUGUUUCCAAAGAUGGGGAAGCAGAACAAUAUGUAUAGAUUUCAUAUUCUAGCAUUGUCAAAAUGCAAAAUCAUGGAACAGUGAAACCAUUGUAUGGUUGUAGAUAAGUGAAAGUCAGCAUUUUAAGCCCAGGCCAGUGUGGUUGGAGGAGACUUUUAAAAAUAAUAACCGUUAUGCUGCUGAAACUGACUUAAAACAUUUUUAAUUUAAUUAUGCUUGGGUGAAUUUAUUUCUCCUGCAUGCAUUGUAUUUUAAAAACGAGACAUUCAGCAUGCAGCAUUUGACAAGGGUUUCCUAUUUACCAUUGUUUGGUUUGUGAUUUUUAAAUUAAUAAUGCUUUGAUCUGAAAAUAAGCUCAGAUGUUUUUUAUUGUGGGGAAUGUGUGUAUUGUCUACAACUUAAUAACUUGUUUUGCAAUGCAAGAGUAUUGAGGAUUUCAUUUCCCUUGAGAGACGCAUGGAAGAAGGAGGGUGAAUGAAGGAAUUACACUAUUAGAGUCUCUCAGAAAAUUUACUUACCAUAUCUUGCAAUUCCUCUAUGUGUAAACUUUAAGGAAGAAAUAAGCUUGAGUAAUUGCUGGUAACAGUGCUGUAAGUUUUAUCCAUACAAGAGGUGCUAGAAGCGGCUCAACCUGUCCAGCACUUUAGGAUUUUUUUCAUUGACAAAGUUGUGUGAGAGCUUCUGAAUCACUAUGAAACAUUUUUGGAUUCUUAUCCCCCCACCCCUGCACUCCCCCAGUGCUUUCCCUGGCAUGAAAUUAUUGGAAGUUGUCAGA